ACACAGGCGCCUAAAUACUGUCUAACGUUACCUGAUGUAGAUGUAGAUUGAUAAACAAUACAGAAUCGACAGCGUUUCAUGAAUCACCUGUAACAAUAAUGAUGAAAUAAAGAAAUUGUUCGUUCUGUACAUUUAAGUAUGGAGGCCGAUCAAUAUAAUGGGAAGACUGUACUUGUUAUUAACCAUACACACAUGGUUAGCUGUUUUGCUGGAGAUGAAUUAAACUUGGAUGCAGGAGUUAAAUUUGUAAACACAAAAAUGAUAUUUCAGAAGUCAAUUUGGAGCAAUCUUGUUGAAGCCGUUAUACAGUACUGUCGUGUUGUAUUUGAUAUAUUUUCUACCGAAAAACCUAUAUCUAUAGUAACCUUUGAUGAUGAGGAAAAGAUUCACUCUAUAUGGCUAAAUGAGGAUCAAAAUUUGGAUACAAUAUGGAACAUAUUUUCUCAGGAAGGUCCACCGAAGAUCUCUUCACUCAAUUUUCUUGAACGUGGUUCACUUCCGGGUUUGUCUUCAGCCUGUCAUCUCUUACAAAUGCUAACGCCACGUCAGAAAGAAAUUAAUUCUGGUGAGAACAAAGGCAGAGUAGUUGUCUUAAGCAUGUCUAUGGGUAAUAAAGUUUUGUCUUGGAUUCCGGAUAUUUUAUCGUCUUUAGAGAAGCCUAUCGACACACCCGAUCAUAUGGAUGUUACUUCAAGUGAAUGGGUUUUUGUUGACCUAUUUCCAGCUUCUGAAUUCUCAGCAGAUCUAAAUGGACUAUAUCCUGAGCAAUUAGAGCUACCUAAUAAUAUAGAUCCGAAUGCCCGACAUCGUUUUUUCUAUCAUAAACUUCUAGCUACCAGCCAGGAGUUGUAUCAGGGUUUAAUGCGUCUUGCAGAAUGUCAUUACAAUCUUUCAAGUACACUUGUUCAAGAUAUUCCUAUGAAGGAGGAAGCUAAUGUUAAUUCUGGUAGUUCAAUGUAUGGCGUCGAAAUUCUGCAUCGAGCUGAGGUACACGACGUGUUAAAAUGUCGGGGUAUUUACGAGAAAUUAUUAGUACGUACAGAUAGUGAAAACAAUAAGUCCAUAUCACGACCACACUCUGGAUUUUCGAAAACUUUGGGCAUAAAAUGGGUUACGCCGAAGACCUCGGAUACUAAUUUUCUGCGCUUUGCUGUCGCAACAUACCGAGUAACCUUAGCAGAUGUUUGCCAUAGAGCAUCUACUUGCUUAGCUCAAUUUGUUUUAGGAGGUCGGUCUGUUGCGUUGGCUCAUCGUCUACAGUCUUCAUUCCCAGCGUUACCUAAUGAUUCUAACUUCUUAACAUCUUGUUCAACGGAUGAAGCUCUUCUACUCACUUGUCAUGGAUCCGUAAUGUAUAUACAUGUUUUAGGAACAAUAUUCCCAAUGACUCAUCCCCAGAAUAUUCCUUUAACUUCUAGUUCUAAUGUGGCCUCGGGAGAUUAUCGUAUACAAGCCUUCAUUGAUCAAAUCUUACGCCCUUCUCGUCUGGCUCCGGCAUCAGCUAGAUUAAAUUAUUCAGUGUUUCCCAAAGAACGAGCUCAACAACAUAUUGAACGUCAAACACGGUAUUGGCCACUUAUGGAAUCUCAAACAUUACUGGACAAAACUAAGCUAGCUGCUCCGAUAUUCGAAAAUUUACCAAAAGAAUACCUUGAACCUAGUGAAAUAUCUGCCUGUGAAGAAUCUAUAGUGAAUAUUGUAAACUCUAUUAAACAGUACGUUUGCCUGUCCGAUUCUAGAAAGAACUCUUCUAAACGAGGAUCAUCAUCUGGAACUUUGCCUGUUGCACCUGUACUUCAAGCAGAAGCAAUUGUAAUGGCAACUGAAUUCGAUUAUAUUCUUUCCUUAUAUAGUGAUAUAUCAACUGAACAUGAACAAAUUCGAAAUUAUUGGAUACAAACUAUAAGUUCAUCAAAAACUAAUGACACAUUAAAUGGACUAAAUCGUUUGUCAAAUGAAAACGACUUUAAUUCAUUAAAUCUCACAGAAAUGAUUCGUCUAGCUAAAACAAUAGCAUAUGAUCAAACGAAUAUCGUUAAUUCUAUAAUCCCUUUAGCACUUAUAAAAAUUAUGAAAAGUUUAACAGUUCUAUGUGAACGUCUCCAUAGGCAUACAAAUUCUCAUGAUUCCAAAUGUAUCACUACGCAAAUAAAUCAAAAGUAUGUGUGAUUUAUUUAAUUUUUACUAGUUUGAUAACAGUUUCAAAUUUAUUUUGUAUUAUAGUAACUAAUUUGGUAUAGUAUCAAAAUUAAAAACCAUAUUAAUCAGAUAUUGGUUUAUUGGUAUACAAAAAGGUUGACAUGUUUUGCAAAAGCCUAUUUAAAUUACUUUCAUAAUUGGAGUUCUGAUAAUCAAAUAAUAUCAGUAGUAUAUAAACCUGUGUAUGAUUGGUGGAUCGUCGGUGAAUCAAAAGCUACAUAUAUGAUGAUUUUAAUGUGAGCCUGUACAUUGUUAUUGUUAGCUUAAUGAAGUUCAUAUAAAUCGGUCAGUCAUAAUCGGUAAACAGCCUGACGGAGAUGGGAAUGGCCAAGUCGUCAUGCUAACUUAGCACUAUAAGAUAAAAUUAACAAGAUGAAUAAUAAAGCAGCCGGAAUUACUGCAGUAACAUUGACAGUGAGAAAGACUAAACACUGAGAAUAUGGAGUCUAAAGGUAUGUCUGUUGGGGUUAUAAAACUCAAAAUGUCGAAGAAUAGUGGAUGUAUUUGACCCAUUGUGUCCAAUUACAAGUAAUGUUACUCAAUCACUGGUCGUGCGGAACCUAACUAGGUAAUUCGUAUCUAUCAACAUGAUUUUCAUCCAUGGUCAAUGACUUCGUGAACUGAUACUAAUCUUCAUUUUGAUCAUCUGUCAGUUUACUUCCAAGUUUUCUAGGCAACGUUGCACAUCACUAAAAUAUCAACUACGUUUUUCAUUCGAAGUAUGAAGGCAAAUGUCAUUUUGUACUUUUUGAUUAGUUCAGACGUCAAACUGACCAGAUUUGUAUUGCAGUUAUAAGUGGCUGAUUUUUAGUAAUCCAUAUAGAAUAUAUAAUAUUGUUUCGUAUGUUAUAGUGUUAAUACCACUUCUUAGUUACUGUCGUAAUGCAUUGGAUAGAUAGGUGAAGGUGUAAAUUCGUAGCUUUGAACAAUUACUAUUUUCUCUCAUAGUACAAUCCUUUUUUUCUUAUUCACAUUCAGAUCUACAUGUAACCCGGUGCAAUCGCCCAAGAUGAUGGCAAUAGUUGAACCUGGUAAAAUUUCUAUUUUAACCUUUUUGACAAUAAAAUCCUUUUUACUCAAUUUAAAAAUGUUAGGAACUAGAGGUAGCAAAAGCUGUAAAUUUAGAAAGAAACAAUGCUUUAUUCAAUACUUAUAAUGAUAACAGUUCAAAUUUUGAAAAAUUCCCAUAUUGUGAUUUAGAACAACAUAUAUAAGCGAACAAUAUUGUUUUCGAUUAGAUCCUCAUCAGGCUUUGCUCUAAUAUACAAUAAUAUUUAUAUACAUAUACGAAACCAUUAAACUAAUCAAGACAGUUAAUGAGUCAGUGAUAACAUCGUAAUAGAUCACGCAAAGAAACAAAAUAAGUAAGAAGCACAAAUUGAUAGUGUGGUAACAGGUGUACUAGUUGUGAUAAGAAUAAGUAAUUUACAUACAGUUAGGAAGCUCGCUUUAUUCUUCACUAUCGAUGCCACCUACCUACGCAUGCGGUGUACUAGUUUAUUUUUCGAUUAGAAAACUAAAUGGGAUCGAUUCAGGAGAUAAUCAACUGUUAAACUGAACCUUGUCGGAAGGUCUAAAAUUACUGACUAGGCUUUUCGAACUAAUGAUAGUCAAUAGUUUAAAAAGUCAAAUAAAAUAGCUCUUAAUCGAUAACAGUGACUCAAAUGUAUUAAAUUUUCUUAUGUUCGUGCAAAUCUUACUAAAAUUCUUUUUAUUUGAUUACAAUUUCAGCUGAUCGAACAAAUUUUAUUGAUCGUUUAAAAUCUACAAAACGUCGACGUGUACAAACGCAGAAAUUAGAUUUUGUUGGUGUACUUACUGCAGAUUCUAAAGGUUUAUGUCAAUUGUACAAAGGUUUAAAAGAUAAAGAAAAAUCCAAUGCU